ACGUGUUGUGUGUACCGACCUGCGUUCGCGUGAUGUUGUGGAAGUCAGGGCAGUAUGUGUUAUAUAUUUUACAUCCGUCUUCGUUUUCUUCUUUUUUCAUUUGAAUAACGAUUCAGCUCGUUUCGUCGUACCGGUUUCUGCUUUGUUUGUGUUGGUACAAUGAUGCCCGGUGAGAAUCAAUCCAAAAUCGCAGGAAUCGCCUCAGAUGCCACUGCAGGAACCUGUCAAAACUGCACUGUUUUACAGCAGAACGUGAAUGAAUAUGUGGCAGCAUUGCUGUCGCUGAAGCAGAAAGUAAUUGAUACAGAUCGCCUCUUAACGGAAUAUGAAGCAAAGUGUGAUGAGCUUCAGAAAUGUCAAAGGGAGUCCAAUGAACUCCAUCAACAGCUGGAUGAACUUCUGGAUAAAAUGGUACCACUGGAAAAGCGGAGCAAAGAAUACGAAGUACUGCGGUCGGAGCUGGAGGAAAAGAAGAGCACCUUGAAAAUGUUCGAGCAGAGAUCCAUGGAAGUGGAUGUCCUAAGAGAAGAAAAUUCCAAGACUGUAGCUCAAAACAUAAACCUUGAAACUCAGCUACAAAAGCUGGAAGAAAUGACAGUCAAGCAGAGGCAAGAAGGCGAAAAGCUUAAAAUGGAGAAAGAGGGCCUAGAAAGAGAGUCACAGAAGAUGCAGAGCUCUUUAAAGCAGUACCAGCAGGCUGCCAGUGAAGUUGAGAGCUUUAAGGCGGAAAACGCUACAAUACUUGCAGAAAAAGAAAACCUUGAACGUCAGCUACAGAUGUUUAAAGACUCAAGCGUCAAGCAGACGUGUGAGAUCGAGGAGCUGAAACUGGACAAACAAGGGCUGGAGAGGAAACUGUGGAAGGCAGAGAAACAUGUGGAGAAACUGGAGAGGGAAAAACAAAAAGAUACAAGAAGUGCGUCCGUUCAGACAAAUUCCCCCAGAGAACCAAUGGUUGAUAAAUCGAAAGUUAAGUUGCUUUUGGAAGAGCUCUGGAAGUGUGUAGAGCCACAGUAUCAACAGACCUCGAAGCUGCUAACCUUUUCUGAUGGAAUCAACGUCUCUAAGGAGAGCUCUCCCAAAGGGAUACCUGGGAGUCCAUUUAAAAUCCAGAACUGCAGAUCCCCAUCAAGAGGCUCUUGCUCUAUGAUAUCAUGCUCUCUCAGUGCGGAGAAGAAAGCACUUGAAAAGUUGGAGAAGAGAGACAGGGCCACAAAGGAGCACUUCAAUGCCGUGGUUGCUGUGGACGGAAGGUCUCUGCUUCCAGCUCGUGAAUUUGCCAGUGUAGAUCUGGGGUCCUCGCCUCCUGUUAAAGAGAUGCCUAUGGAAACGGAAGUGGCCAGUUUAGAGGAGAUAAUGGACUGGUUCAGACCUCUGCCUUCUCUUUUAUCGCCAAUUUCUUCACCAUAUAUCAAGGAAGUUGUGUUUGGACCUGUAUCAGAAUCAAGCGAUGAUGAGGAAGAAGCAACAUCUGUUGGAAAAAUGGGAAGGCCUGUUCAGAUGCUUGAUGAUGGCACCGAUGAUCCGUCAUCUGUGAAAUCUAAAUCCGCAGAUCUUCAGCACUUGAGUUCACUUUCUAAAGACCAGACUGUUGAGCCAACUUCUGUUUCACAAGAGGAUACAGUCAGUACAUUGGCAGAGUCGUCUGAGAGUCCUUGUGCAAAAGAGUCCAUUUCCAUUGGGAAAAAGUUUGAUCGUCUUGAAACAUUUUCAAAUGAGAAAGUCAUGAUGCUAGAGGAAACUUUACAGCAAGAUAGUGGAAUGCAUGCAAUACAUGGUUCUGAUAAGACAUUCAUGGGUAUCCUACCAAAUGGACACAAAGCCGAAGACCACAAAGAGAAUCAUGUGGUUUCAGGAAGCACCUCAGAGUUGUGGCUGCAGUGCACGGGGAAUACGGAGUACACAGACAGCGAUAAUGAUAUUGUGAUGGAGCUGUGUACUCCCCUCAAAGUUUGUCGUGUGAUCAGUGAUCCUCUGGAGGACGUCUCCAUACCUCUGGCACUGUGCAAUGAAAUGGAAGUCAAACAAUCUGCAAAUGAAACGAUUGAGAACGGAAUGGGUGAAAGUGCUGAGCCUUUAGAAGAGGGUGUAGUGACAGAGUUAAGGGGCUCUGAGACGCUUUUAAAGGGUGGCCUGAAGCACAAGGAAAACGGAGUCUGCUUGAAUGAGAUCUCCCCAGGGGAGGAUGCUGCCUUACUAUAUGCAGAUAAUGAGACAAUAGGUACAGUCCAAGUGAGAAACUCCUCUCUUCAACCAAAGCCGAUACUUACAGCUGCUAGUGAAAUUUCUCAACCAAGCAAUGUACCUUUCAAUAAAGAAGACAGACCUGAUAAUAAAUUAGAGCAUUUAGUUUGUGGUGGGGUGGAAAAUUACAUUCCUGAAAAGGACAGUGCAAAAAUAGAAUCGGGUAAAGCAGAUGAAUUAUUGUCUGAUGCCCUUAAGUUGUCUCCUGGUCUAGGCUGUUCAUUACAGUCGCAAAAGGUACCUGACUCAAAGGAGGCUGCUAAAAAAGUCCGUGAAGAUUGCGAAGCCUCCUGUGUAGUACCUUUUAAUCCUGACUCAUCUCCUGUGCAUGUAUCAGUAGAGGCUACCUCAGAAGACUUGGCGUCAAAUAGCGAAUCAUCAGAUGAGUCCUUCAAGCUGCACAGGAAAGCUAAAAUGACGCACCAGCGCACCAGUAGCCAGAUUUCCUCUGAACAGAUGAAGGAUCUGAGAUCUGAAGCAAGAUGGAUCACGUGUGAUGAUAGGGAAACGAUACACGGCUCUCUAAAGGAGCACAUAAAUCAUGCACCAUCCGAUGAGCCAUGCAAGACGGAUGCCAAUUUCUCAACGAUCCUCGAAAUGAAGAGGACCAAGAGCGAUCUGAAGAACUGUGCUAGUAAGGCUAUGAUGAUAGAAACUGAUUUGGUUUUGGAGAAUCAUGAGAUGGUAAAUUAUUCUGAAUCAUCAUCGGAAGAGGUGAGAUUACAAGACCAAAACCAUUCUGACAAAGUUUCCUUACAGCCACAGGAUGAAAUGGCAGAUGGAAAUUCUUUCAGUUCUUCUGCAGGUACAGAAUGUAUCUUGGUGUCAGCGCCAGAUUUUCAGAGGGGGGGUGAGGAAACUGAUAAAAGUGCAGCUGAUGAAAAGGUAUCAUGUAGAAGAUGCGAGAGCAUAAAUGAAACUUUAGAUGGGGAAAACAGUGAACGGUUUUCUGAAAACUCCACCCAAAAUGAAACAUCAAAGGAAUGUAUUGUUCCUGGUCACAUGUCACAGUGUUCUGGUAAUGGACAAGAAGUAAUGAAGGUGACAAUGAAGGCUGAGGAAUCCAUCAUACUAAGCCCUUCUGUGCAAGUUGCAGUCAUGCAGUCAAUGAAGGUGACAAUGAAGGGUGAAGAAUCCAUCAUACUAAGCCCUUCUGUGCAAGUUGCAGAGGCACCAGGUGCAAGGUCACCAGAAUGCAUAAGGAAGGUCAGAUCUGAGAUGGGUCCUCCUCUUCCACCUUUGCUUCCACCGCUUACUGCAACUCCUACAAAACCGUGCACUCAUGACUCUUCCUCAAGUUUUAUUCCUGGCAAGUUGUCUUUUUCUUCUCCGAAGCAUGAGUUGUCCUCACCUCGGCAUGGGAAGGUGGUACCUCCUCCUUUUGUAUCUCCGCUUACAGGUGGACCAAAGGACGUAUCUCCAUCUUUGGCCCCUCAGUCCCCCUCUGACACAAAAUGUGAAAGAAUACUUUCAUCUCCCUUGCAGUUCUGCUCGGCGACUCCCAAGCAUGCUGUUCCUGUUCCCGGUAGGUUUCCCCCUUCUGCUUUGAGUACAUCUUCUGCAUCCCCUACUGCAACCCAGGAGAACUCUGUCCGAAUCCUCGACACCAUGUAUCCUGAACUGUCUGCUCGAGCUCGGACCCUCAACAUUCUGAGGGGGAACGUCACUCUUAGCAGACCUGUGGCCGAGAAUGGAAAGGCAGUACCUGUUCCGGUCAACCAGAUUACAGGUUACAAAUCCAUCAAUUCGUCUUCCACUGCCUUCACUAAAACUGGGAAAUCUUACGAGCCUGACAGUUGUAGUGCCGAGGAGUCAAUGGAGAAUGCACGCAAACUCGGUUGUACUUCUACCCGAGAAGAAACGAGGAAAAGACCAGGUGUAAAUGUACUUUUGCCGGUAAGUGCCAAAAGGCUUCGGCUUGAAGAUGGCACCCAAGCUACUCCCAGCAUCGCACCUCCAACUAGGCCUCUCGGGGACCAAGAAAAGUUUCAGCAAGUCACAUCUCAAGUGCCUAAAGAAGACUUACAGCCUGAAUGCCCUCAGGAUGUCAGUGUGGUGAACGGUACGGUGGAAAUAAUUUCAAAGGCUUUGACAAAAAUCGGAACAUCCUGCUUCGAUGUAUUGCCAGUGAUUAGAAGCCAUCUCAAAAUUGGGAGGAUUUCAAAGGUGCCAGUGCUGAGGGAUGAGGAGCGAGAAGUCAUCCGCGAGUUUUGCGGCAUUAAUAAGUCUUUGGCAGAUGAGUUCCUCUCUGCUGUCUUGUCAAAGAUGAAGAGUGAAAAGGACACCCUUAGCGCGGACCACAUGCAGUGUCUCUGCAGGGUCUAUACAGGGUUAUGUCGGCAGAGAGAUGAAUCGGAAAGAGUUCAUCUCUUUGCCUACUGCAUCUUGAAAGAAGAUUUCCCCGAGUCAGCAAAGUUAAUUUUGUUCGUCGUGACAACGUGGUAUAACAUUCUGUUCCCACACUCGGGGAUCGUGUGCAAUGCCAUGCACGCAGUGAUUAAGGAGCGAGCGGAUGGGGAGGUCCUGGAAUGCCUUACCAAGUAUCUUGACUGGGAGAUGAAUCCUCCCUGUGACAUUGAGAAGAUUAUUAUGAAAACAUUAAUCCCACUCCAGAUGGGAGUAAAUAUGACAUUCCAGCAGCAUGAGAGGCAUGGAGAUGACCUAAACCGGGCGGCUUGGGAAUACGUGUAUGCACUCGAUCUACUGUGCACCCAGAAGAAGUGGAACUGGACAUAUGAGAACUUAAUAUCAAAGGAACUUUGGCCUGUUAUGAACAAGUGGGUGACACAACCAAGAAAUCAACCACCUAGCAUUCCAGAUGUUUCCGUAGCAUCUGUUUUAAGAUUAAUUGGACGACUUGGCCAGUUGGGAAUUAAGGAGAGAUCCAUCGUUUCUGUAAGAAACGUGGCAAAAGUGAUCAACACCUUCGGCAGACACGGACAGAAAGAAGGUGUGCCGUGGGCAGUCCAGUUGGCGGCCGUCUACACGAUCUACGACUUGUCGCCCUGCAACCCUAAAGAGGCCAUGGAGACUCUGGCGGCAUGGCGAGGAGAAACUACGCAUCCUGUGGCCCCCGCGGUCACCAGCUGCAUCACGCAGCUCGGAUCCAUCUGCCGACAAGUGAAGUCGUGAGGUCAACUCGUCAGAGGGACGUGCGACAGCAGCUCCCUCGACUAGCCCAUCGAACGCUAUAAAACUAAUUGCAUUUUAAGCUCAGACCAAACUGCUUGCCGUCUUGCCUUCUGACCAGGUUUUAGCAGAGUUCGGACUUUACUAUCGUUGUUGAUUUUGGAGCUAGAAAAUCAAAGCCAUGUGUAUAUAUGUCAAAACCUUGAUUAUUUCAGUUGUAAAUGUUUUGUAAAUGUCCAGUCCUCCUUGUUUUGUAUUUUCUUUUAAAUAUUAAAAGCAGUAUUCAUUGUGGUA